AUUGAUAAUAAAAUUGUAUACACAUUUUCAAGUUAAAAGUUCGUAUAUCAACCCUUAAAAGAAAAUUAUGAAUUACUUAACAGUGGUCCUAAUUGUUGCAAUUGUUUGUUUUGCAAAUGCAGAAUUAACAGCGGAACAACAUGAGCGACUCAAAGAGUACAACAGAGAAUGCUCUGCUAAGUCCGGUGUUGGUCACGAUGUUAUUGCGCAAAUAAAGGAAGGACAAUUUCCGGACGAUGAAAAGUUCGAAAAUCACAUUAUAUGCCUUGCCAAAAAAAUCGGUUUCAUAAAUGACAGUGAAGAACUACAAACUCAAGUUAUUCGUGAAAAAAUGAAAUCAGUUUUUGAUGAUCAUGAAGUCACCGAAAUAAUUAAAACUUGUACAGAAGACAUGGAGACAGAUGAUGGAACGACUUUCGAAAAAAUUAAAUGUUUCCUUAAGAAAGCACCAAAAGAUUUCCUCGCUCCUUAAAAAUUUGAAUGAUUAUGUUUCCUACCAUUUUGUUUCGUAUAUUUUAUAUUAAUAAAUAUUAGAUUAAUAGUA